GGGCUCAAGAAAUCAGUAACAGCAAACAGCAACUCGUAGUAUACACGCAACCCUAGUCACCUUUUAGUAGGUUAGUAGUUUACAGCAAACUGAUAUUGCGCCAUACAUACCGACAUUUUGACACCAGUUUGAUGCCUUGGUCGAGCGGAGUGAAUUUUUUCAUGUUUAUACCGAAAUAAAAGCGACGGUGGACUUCCUAAAUGUCUUCCCUGUUGGCAGUCUCAAUCUUCUGUUGACAUUUAUCACUGUUCUUGAAUGUACAAGGUCACGUGUUCCACAAGGGAGCUUUCACUGCUGUGCCUAGUAUCACGGAAAUCAUUACAUCGCAGAAGCAGUCUCAACUGAAUCAACCACCGGAUCAACCUGUGCCAUUUGUCAGUCCGACCUUCUUUCUCUGUCCUCCUUCAACUUUUCUGGUUGUAUGUCUUUAAUAUUUAUAAAACACAAAUGUUUCUUUCAGUAGGUUAUAUCUGACAAGUAAGUUUGGUACCAGCUGUGUUGAACCUAGAUGUAUGAUUACAUAAUUACUGUAUGAAAGUUACUUAACUUCUGGGAGUCAGUACAACUCCAAACAUUCUAUGCAAAAAAGAAGCUUAAAAUGAGUUGAGCUUUUUUUAUAUGACGUCCUUUCAUACACAAUCUGAGAAAUUUAAAGAAUACACAUGCUCUUCCUUGCUUAGCAUUGGGCUCCAUUUUAUUAAUUUUACACCCAUGACUGUAUAAAGUGAAUUGAACAGAUGCCAUGUUUAUCUCCAUGAUAAUUCCUAAAAAAGGAUGCCUCUACACUUGGUGAUGAUGAUGAGGUUCAAGCAGCCAGCUUUACAUUAGGAAGAUAAAACAUCGAAUUUAAGAGGAACUUUGACAAUCUUUCAGAUAAGAGAACUGAUAUUCAUUAUGAAAGCAGGGUUACAACGAGCACAAAAAUACCCUCAUGGGUUAUCACUGGAAGCAUCAACAAAUUCACUGGAAAGUGGUGUGGGUCCUUUAGAAAAAAACGAAAAGUCAGAAGAACACACUUUGGACACACAAGACAGUUAUUGUGAAGAUGUCAAAGCUAUAAGUCACACUGGGUUAAAAAACCAGGGAGCCACAUGCUAUUUGAAUACAGCGCUGCAAAUACUUUUUAUGACAGAGGAUUUCAGAAAUAUCAUCAGGAGAUUACACAAGAGGAAAGGUUGCAUUACCGAUAUUAGUAUUCACAUGGCAGAAUUGUUUGAGUCUUUAUGUGAAAAGAAAGCCUUUGCCACCACUGAAACAAUCACAGGUGUUCUUGGAAUUGAUGUUUAUAAACAGGAAGAUGCUGCAGAAUGUCUUCAGAAAAUACUUAAUAUGGUUGAUCCUGAGAUGUCAAAGGUAUUUCAGGGAGAGAUGGAGUACACCACUUUAUGUAAGAAUCCAAUAAAAGAUCAUGAACUUGAUACGCAACCUGAUUCAUUUUUCAUCCUACCAAUUUCCAUGGAGUCACAAUCUCCCAUAAAUGUGCAAAGCUAUUUUGAUUCAUAUUUUGAUCCAGUCAUGAUGAGUGGGGAGGACCAAGUGUACUGUACAACUUGCCAAACAAUGAGGGACACAGAAACUAGCUGCAAUGUGCUAGAAUUUCCUUCAGUUCUGGUUUUGCACCUAGAGAGGUUUGAACUGGAUUAUAACACCAUGACGUGCGUGAAGAAUAACUCCCCAGUGGAAAUACCCAUCAUAUUAUUAUUGAAAGGGUGUCAGUUUGCUUUGUAUGGCAUAGUCAAACAUGUUGGUUCUCUCAAUGGUGGACACUAUUAUGCUGAUAUCAAAUCAUUUGAGGACAAACAGUGGUAUCAAUUUAAUGACACCUCAGUACAACAGAUAUCUGACGUAGAAAAUCACUUACCCUGUUGCGAGGCUUACUUACUUUUGUACAAAAAAAAGAAAGAAGAAUCAGAAAAAGAAGCUGCAGAAGAAGAAAAAGAAGCAGCAGAAGAACAAGAAGCAGCAGAAGAACAAGCAGAAGAAGAAAUAGAAGCUGCAGAAGAAGAAAAAGAAGCAGCAGAAGAACAAGAAGCAGCAGAAGAACAAGAAGCAGCAGAAGAACAAGAAGCAGCAGAAGAACAAGAAGCUGCAGAAGAAGAAAAAGAAGCUGCAGAAGAAGAAAAAGAAGCAGCCGAAGAACAAGAAGCAGCAGAAGAACAAGAAGCAGAAGAAGAAAAAGAAGCAGAAGAAGAAAAAGAAGCAGCAGAAGAAAAAGAAGCAGCAGAAGAAGAACAAGAAGCUGAAGAAGAACAAGAACAAGAAGCAGCAGAAGAACAAGAAGCAGCAGAAGAACAAGAAGCAGCAGAAGAACAAGAAGCAGCAGAAGAACAAGAAGCAGCAGAAGAAGAACAAGAAGCAGCAGAAGAACAAGAAGCAGAAGAAGAACAAGAAGCAGAAGAAGAACAAGAAGCAGCAGAAGAAAAAGAAGCAGCAGAAGAACAAGAAGCAGAAGAAGAACAAGAAGCUGAAGAAGAACAAGAAGCAGCAGAAGAAAAAGAAGCAGCAGAAGAACAAGAAGCAGCAGAAGAACAAGAAGCAGCAGAAGAAGAAAAAGAAGCAGCAGAAGAACAAGAAGCAGCAGAAGAACAAGAAGCAGAAGAAGAAAAAGAAGCAGAAGAAGAAAAAGAAGCAGAAGAAGAACAAGAAGCAGCAGAAGAAAAAGAGAAGUCAAAAAAGAGAAAAGAAAAAGAAGCUGCAGAAGAAUCUUUCUCUUUGUCAUGACUUUCGUAAUCAUGGUGUUGGCCAAUCGAGAAGGUUCACCUGUAUAAAAGGGGCGGGUUUCCACUGAGUGCCGUUAGGCGUCCGUGUGCCAAUCCGUGUCAGUUUUGGUUAUUUUCGCUUGCGGUGUCCUUUGCAUUAAGUUUUCUUUCACUGCUUGGUUGGGUUGUUAAUUAUGUUAAAUUCUUCCAAAGCGCUCAAAUUUAGGCUCUGUGUAAAUAUCUAGACUGGUGUAAUUGUUUGCAAGACACAUAAAUGGUUGUUUGGUGUGUUUGUUUCCACGUUAAUACUGAGCAUGAUAUAUGCGACAAGAAUGUGGUUUUAUUUCUAUAUUUUUUAUUUUGGUAGUCAGUUUAGUUUUGGGUGAUUAGAUUUUUUUUAUUAUUGUUUCAUUUAUUUUUGGAGACACUUAUUCUUUCCUUGUCCCUUUCUUUUUCUUUUUUAAUUGAUCUUGAAUGCAUCCUUCGAAGGCCCCAGCCCUCAAAUUGGGACAGUUUUUCUGUUCAUUGUUGAUAAGGGACUAUUUUUUUCAGUUGAAGAAAGGCUUUAAGGGAAGUUGCAUUGAUAAAACACAGCCUACCUUAUUGCUAACAGUAAAAUCCCCAAAGCAGUGGAUAGUACUUGAUCUUGUCUUAUAUCUGGCUAUAUUUCACAUUUUAAAUCAAGAUAAUCUAAUAAUUAAACAAUGCAUGCAUGACACCCAGUAUCACACAUUAAACAUUUGCAAAGGCUUAACUAUGAGAUUGUUAAUGUAAAACACCUUAAUGAGAAAAUAAAGAGCAUUUUAGCUGGGGACCUCUGGUUGAAUUGACAAAAAUGUUAAAAUCAUAUCAUGUGUUUUGUGGCUAAGAAUGUGUAAUGUUAAAAGUGUUAAACUACUUGACUUAUUCACAUCUCAAAUUUAUGGAGGGACAGUAAAAGCACUGUUGUGGAGUAUCCCUUUUUUGGAUGACCUUUAUUGCUACUAAGGGUAACAAAUAUAUCUUCUAUAUACAAAACAAAAAUCCUUUGCAAGACGAGACAAACCACCCUGAGUGAGUUUUAAAGUAGUGCUUUCAUUUUGUCUUAUGAAAAUGCUUAUUAUUAGCUUUCUGGUCCAUUUCUGGUAUUGGUGGAGUGGUUAUAUGUGUCCACACUUCAUUGUUAUAGCAUUGGUGCUUUGUUUUGAUUUUAUGGCACAGAACAGAUUUUUAACAUCAUGUGACGUAUAUAUUUUUUAAAAACAUCCUUAUUAUUGUAACUGGGUGUGGUUCUGUCCUUGACAUUUGAGAAUGAGGAAAUGUCACGCGACCUGUUCCAGUUGUCUAAUAUUCUUUUCUUCUAAGUGACAGGUUCUGUUUUUGUUUCACCAGGUACUGUUUUUGUUUUAACAUGUUCACAGACGGUUUCUUUACACAGCCCUAAGGGCACUUUCAGUAUUAGACUCAGCCUUUAGUAUCACCCACUUCUGAUCUAAUCUUGUUUACAUAAAAUACACCUGCCCCUGAGACAAGAACAGAACAAUUUAGUAUCUGUUUGUUAAAUCUGAUGUGUCAUGCACAACCGUUUCUGGGUCCAAAGACUCUAUCAGAUACCAAAAGCAAAAUACAUAUACGUUAUUAAUAUUCAAUGUAAUAUAAACACACAGUUCACAGCUAUUCUGGGAUUAUUCUCACAGAUAUCAUUACCCAGAUGAAAUGACAAUAUGAAUUGCACAGACAAUUUACAAAUAAGGUCAAGUGAAUUUUGGUAUCAUUUGGUCAAAAGGAAAUUAAAUGUAGUCAUCUUACCCAAGAGAGCGUCUCUCCCCAUCUUACUCUGUUUUUUGAGGUGAAAGAUCAACACCGACAUCUGCAGGUCUGACAGAAACCGUGCAGCCACAAGCUAUCUGUUACAAUUUAUCUCAGUCAGGCACUUUAGAAAUAGGGCUACUGUACAAACUAACAGAACUGGUAUCAAAGAAUUGUAAUUGUGAUAAUUUAAUACUGACUCUAGGGAACAUUGGUCCCCACAAUGUAACAA